CGCGCCUGCCUGGUCCGGCUCCCGGUCGCUCCGGCCCGGAUGGAGGAGCCGCGGGCCGCGGCCGGGGACGUGUCCCUGCACAACUUCAGCGCCAGGCUGUGGGAGCAGCUCGUGCACUUCCACGUCAUGCGGCUGACGGACUCGCUCUUCCUCUGGGUGGGCGCCACGCCGCACCUGCGCAACCUGGCCGUGGCCAUGUGCAGCCGCUUCGACUCCGUCCCAGUGGCCACCUCCCUCUUCGGAGACGCGUCCGACCCAGCCUCUGCUGGCCUGGCACAGCGCCUAGCCCGGAAGACCCGCAAGCAGGUGUUCGUCAGCUACAACCUCCCCACGGCCGACAGCGGCUUCACACUGCUUGUGGAGAACAGGAUCAAGGAGGAGAUGGAGGCGUUUCCUGAGAAGUUCUAGCCGCGUGGCUGGGAGACUGUCAGUGCC